AUGCCAGCAGCAGAUGGGGAUUGCUCCCCUAGCUCAGCAACUGCUGCAGCAGCAGCUGCUGCUGCUGCAGCAGAGCUGCUGCAGCUGGAGCAGCAGCGGCUAGUUUGCCUGCAGCAAGCAGCACAAGAUGAGGCCAAGGACUCGGGAGAGGAAGCAGAAGCAGCAGCAGCUGCUGCUGCUGCAGAAGCCUCGGAGCUGCUGCUGCUGCUGCAGCAGAAGGAGCAGCAGCUACUGCUGCAGUCACGUGAACUUGCGCAAUUGCGGGAGGACUUUGAAGAGCUCAGUGAUGACUAUGAGCGGAGCCAGAGGGAGCACGAGCAGCAGCAGCAACUGCUGCAGCAGCAGCAACAACAGCAGCAGGAGCAGCAGGCUGCGCUGCAGCAACAACAGCAGCUCUUUGAUGCCAAGCAGCGGGAGGCGCAGCAGCAGCUGCAGCAGCAGCUGCUGCUGCUGCAUGCAGAGAAGAAGGAUGUAGAGACGCUCAAGGCUGAAAUGCAGCAGCAGCUGCUGCUGCUACAAAAGCAGCAGCAGCUGCAGCAGCAGGGUUUUCAAGAGCAGCAGCAGCAGCAGCAACAGCAACAGAGCCUGAAGAAGCAGUUGGAAGACAAGGAGCAGCAAAUAGCAGCAAAAGAGAAGCAGUUGCAGCACCGGCAGCAGCAGCAGCAGCAGCAGCUAGAAGCACAGGAAGCCCGGCUGCUGCAGCUGCAGCAGCUGCUUCGCGAGCAGGAGCUGCUGCUGCAGGAGCAGGAGCAGCAGCAGCAGCAGCAGCAGCUCGAGCUGCUGCAGCAGCAAAGAGAACUAAAAGAUAAAUCAAAUCAACAGAGACUAAAAGAAACAGAAUUAGGCCAGGAAGCCAAGGAGACACUAACGAAGUUGCUGCUGCUGCUGCAGCAAGCCACGCGCUCCAGCCCAGAGCAGCAGCAGCAGCAGCAAACAGCAGGAGCAGCAGCAGCAGCAGGUAGCAAUGCACCGCAGCAGCAGCAGCAAAAAUACACGCAGUUGCUGCUACUGGCAGAGCAGCUGAGGCAGCAACGGGACGAAGCGCAUGCGCGCAGCUGCCAGCAGCAGCAGCAGCAGCAGCAGCAGCUGCAUCUGCAGCAGCAGCAACAAAUUUUGGAAGAGGCACUAGCAGCAGCAAAGCAGCGAGAAGGGCUGCUGCAGCAGAAAGUGCAGCAGCUUGAGGAGGCGGUGCUGGAGGCCAGGCAGCAGCAGCAGCUGCUGCAGCAGCAGCAGCAGCAGCUGCAUCAGCAAGAAAAGCAAAACCAGCAGCACAUGAAGCUACGCAAGCAGCAGCUGCUGCAGCUAGUAAGAGGCCUUCGAGUUGACUUCGCUGCAGCAACAGAGCAGCAGCAGUUGCUGCAGCUGCAGCUGCAGCAGCAGCAGGAAGACCUCGUGCUUCGAAUCCUAGAGCAGCAACAGCAGCAAAAGCAGCAGCAGCAGCAGCAAAAGCAGCAGCAGCAGGAGCUGCAUGAAGGACUCAACAGGGCAGAGCAGCAGCUUGCAGAGAUGCAGCAGCAACUGGAGGCAAAGGAAGGGAAGUUGCUGCUGCUGCAGCAGCAGCAACAGCAGCAACAGCAACAGCAACGGCAGCAGCAACAGCAACAGCAGCAACUCGACAGCGACUUCAGAAGCAAGCAGCAGCAAUGUGCAGAAUUAGAAAGGCAGCUCAGAGCAAUGGAGCAGCAGCUGGUGCAGCAGCAGCAGCAGCGGCAGCAACAGCAACAGCAACAGCAACAGCAACAGCAGCAGCAAUUAGAGCUACUGCAAGAACUACAGGAAGAACUCACUGGAAGCAAAGAACAGCAGGAGCUGCUGCAGCAGCAACUAAAAGACAAGGCGGCAGAGCUGCAACAGCAGCAGCAACAGCAGCAACAGCAGCAGCAACAGCAGCAGCAGCAGCAACGCAAACUUGAAGCGGCGCUGUCAGAGCUAGAGCAGCAGCGUGAUGCACUUAAACAGCAGCUAUUGGAGCAGCAGCAGCAGCGAAAGGAGCAGCAGCAAUUACGGGAGAUGCAGCGGCAGCAGCAGCAACAGCACCAGCAGCAGCAGCAGCAACAGCAGCACCAGCUGAAGGAAAAGCUUGAGAAGAGUGAGCAGCAACGGAAGCUGCUGCAGCAGCAGCUCGAAGCUCAAGUCGUGGAGUUGCAGCAGCAACAGCACCAGCAACAGCAGCAGCAGCAACAGCAGCACCAGCUGAAGGAAAAGCUUGAGAAGAGCGAGCAGCAGCGGAAGCUGCUGCAGCAGCAGCUCGAAGCUCAAGUCGUAGAGUUGCAGCAGCAACAGCAACAGCAACAGCAGCAGCAGCAACUGCAGCAGCAAAUCGAAGGGCAGCUCCGCAAAACAGUAGACUCCUGCAAGCAGCUGCAGGCAGCACUAUCGGAGAAGCAGCAGCAACAGCAGCAGCAACAGCAGCAGCAGCAACAGCAGCAGCAGCAACAGCAGCAGCUGGAAGCGCAGCUGCUAGCCAUGACGCAGCUCUGCGAUCAGCUGAAGCAGGUGGAGAAGGAGCAGCAGCAGCUGCUGCUGCAGCAGCAGCACGAGAUGAAGCAGCAGCAGCAAGAGCAGCAGCAGAAGCACCUGCUACUGCAGCAGCAGCUGCAAGACCUGCAGGAUAAGCUGACGCAGCAAACGCACAUCAACCAAGCGCUGCAGCAGCAGCUUGAAAAGCGGCAGCAACAGCAGCAACUGCAGCAGCAGCUGCAGCAAGAGCUGCAGCAGAAACUGCAAGAACAGCAGCAGCAGCAAGAGCAGCAGAAGGAAGAACUGCGCAAAAGCUCGCAACUGCAGCAGCAGCUGCAGCAGGAGCUCGUGGACAAAGGGGCGCAACUGAAGCAGCGCGAGCAGCAGCAGCAGCAGCAUUUGCAGCAGAAGCAGCAGCUGCAGCUGCUGCUGCAGCGGCUGGAGGAAGAACUGCUGCAGUGCACAGAUCAGCGAGAAGAGCUGCAGCAGCGGCUUGAUGAGGAGAGCAGCAAACUGAAAGGGCAGCAGCAGCAGCAGCAGCAGCAGGACGACGUUCUGCAGCAGCAAAUUCAGCUGCUGCAGCAGCAACUACUGGAGGCCAAGCGGGAGGUCAAGGUGCUGCAGCAGCAACAGCAGCAGCAACAGCAGCAGCAGCAGUCGGUCCCAUCAGGGCUGCUGCACGAGCAUAAGUCUCUGCAGCAUCACUGCAGCAAAUUGAAGCAGCAAGCAGAGGAGCAGCAGCAGCUGCUGCAGCAACAAGCUGCUGCUGCAGCGAAAGCAGCAGCAGCGCGCUGCUGCUGCACUGCUGCUGCUGCAGCUAGGAAUAGCUGCAGCACGGAUUCAAUGCCCAUAGCAUUAGUCUCUUCUCCGGCUUGCUGCAGCAGCAGGACCCAGCAGCAGCAGCAGCAGCAGCAGCAGCAGCGUCAGCUGCUGCUACAGCAACAAAGGCGUGGAAGUAGCGGCAGCUGCUGCUGCUGCUCUUUCAAAAGAGCAGCGGCAGGGCAUUCCCGCUGCAGUGCCGUGGGAAAUAGCAGCAGCAGCAACAGCAGCAGCAACAGCAGCAGCAGCAACAGCUGCAGCAACAGCAACAGCAGCAGCAGCGCUGGCGAGUGGCUACUCGUGUCUUACGGGCAAGAACUGGAGGAGGAGGAGCAGCAGCAGCAGAGCAGCAGCAGCAGCAGCAACAGCAGUAGCAGCAGCAGAGUGCCUGCUCGGAGCCUCAGCAGCCUUUGGUUUGUCGAAUAA